AUGUCGUUAACAACAUCAACUGUAACGCCUUUGAUCGUACAAAGACCACCAGAUGAAACUAUUCCUGAUUAUGUUACAAUAAUCAAUCCUGAUGGAAGUGUUUCUUAUGAACCUAAUACUAAUUAUCAACAACCAACAAUAAUUCGUCGAAGUUAUGCUCCAGUCAAUAGAAAAAAAUAUCAUUAUGCUCUUCAACAGGAAGGAAAAACAUAUCGUUGUUGUCAAUGGUGUCGAUAUUGGUGUACUCGUAAGUGUCCAUUAUGUAAUUUUUGUGAUGAAAUAUUAGCAUUUCCAUUACUUUGUUUGUUACUUUCGGUUUUAUUCUUACUUUUAUUACUUGCUGCUUUGCUGACUUUAUUUGGUUUACAUCCAAAUAUCAAUCCAUCACAACGUUAUUAUGGUAUUAUUUCACAAUUAUCUAUUGUCAAUCGUACAAAAUAUAUAUAUGGUCUUGAUACACUCUGUAAUAAAUAUUCAGGUAUCAGGAAUUGCUUGAAUUUGACAACAUCAACAGCUAUUGUCUAUGUUGCUACAACAAAUAUUAUUAAUCAAACAAUAACAAUACAUAAUUAUUCUUAUAGAUCUUUUAUUGUUCUUUGCUGUUGUUUAACAAUUUAUUAUAUACAUCGUAGAAUUAUUAUGUAA